UUUCAUCACAUGUGAAUGUCAAAACGCAGCCAUCAGAAAGGAUUUACCAUUAUAAUCCACAUCUUAUAGAAUGGAAUGAUAGGGAGAAUUUAUUACGACUAAUAGUAGAUAAUAUUAUUUAUAAUAAAGACGGAAUUAUCGCUAUCAAUAAACCCUGUGGAUUACCAAUUUCGGGGUCAAGUGCAACGAUAACUGAGAAACAUGACAUAACUCCACCCGAAGUGUUAACUUUAUCUGACAUAGCUCCAGAUUUAUGUAAACAUUUACAAAUCAAUGAUAUAAUUAUGGUUAAAUCAUUAUUGAGAAAAUAUUCUGGUAUUAUAUUGUUAUCCACUGAUAAAAUAAUUGCUGAAAAGUUACAAAAAGCACUGUCCUAUAAUAAAUGUCAAAAAUUGUAUAAUCAAAUAUUCUGGGCCUUAUGUGUUGGUGUACCAGUUGCUGGAUUUUCUAAUGGGCAAAAGGAUAUUUACCUAAAAGAAAUUAAGACCAAGGAAAAUAUUAAUAGAUAUACGAUGACAGAUCAGAUCAGUAAUUCUCUCAUAACCAGGAGGGAAGUUCACAAGCACGACAUAGCCUGCGAAUGUAUUUCGCGCAAUGACGAUACCAAUUCAUCUUACUUUAAAUUUUCCACUAAUUCAAUUAAGCAUCAUUGCCUCAACAUAUUCGCUGCUCAGAAAUUGUUAUGCCCAAUCCUCGGAGACCAUUUCUACUCCCAGCAGCUGAAAUUUCUGAACACUUUUAAUAGCCGAGUCUUGAUUCAUCCAUCCGAAUGUGAAUACAAAUCGCAGCAUUUGCCUCCUCAAACCAAACGAGCUUUGUCGCCAUUGUUUCCCAAAAUAGACUCGCCUAAUUCUUCUAGCGGCCAGACCUACGAUAUCCCUUGCAUGCUUCAUCUGGGUUCCUUGACUCUCAGAAUUCCUUGGGUAAAUGAUAGCAAUUCUGCAGAAGAUUUAACUAUCAGCUGCCCACCACCGCCCCUUUUCACCAAAACUAAAAGCUUAUUGGAACUCGACUAAAUUUUUCCUGAUUAACUUUAAUCGUGAA